UCUCUUUUGCACCUCGUGACCAGAAGAGAGUCAGGGAAGAAAAUUUCAACUCAUUCGUAGACCACUGAAGCAAGCCGUACAACUGACCUUACCAACCUAUCUAUCCUAUCCCUUCACUCGAAGCAACAAGCACAUUUCAACCAACUUCCAUCACGCAACAACUGCAACACCUAAUCCCAGCGCUUGGUGAUUCAGAACGAGUGCACUGCUGCGCCCCCACACAGUCAGUUUUGGGCACAAGCCGGCCAAUCUCUGUCGACCUUGGUCUCACGCGACCGUCUAGGCCUAUCCUAUCUUCACUCUAAUUUGUCUGCUGCAUUGUACCAGCAAUCGGCCCCAGCGAAACCGAACCGGACCCGAGGAAGAGCCUGGAACAAGAAAAAAAAAAAAAAACAAUCCAUUGCUGCCAUCAGAAAUAAACUGGACGUCAUUCAAUCAGCGUACCUACUGACAGUAAACAACCAAAUCGCCUAACAGCUGUCACGUAGCGUCUUGGUGCCUGUCGUCGUUGGGGCCGACGAACACUACUACCAAACCCCACCGAGCAGAGCGAGCGAAACAACAACAUCAGCGUAUCCGUCGUCGUAUCUCGGGAUUUCGCUACGACGAGAGAACCACCCCACUCUCAUACCGCGUACUGACCAACAAUAUCGCACCAUACCGUACUUUACCAUCCAUCUGUCGAUUCUUUUGCAUCCAUCCCAUCGUCCAUCUAUCUCUUCUUGACCUUGGACACGCUGCCGACAAGAUUGAUUCCUCCCGGCAUUACUGCUCCCCUUGUCGGGGAAUCAUCUUCCUGGUCCUUACGCGUGCCCUGCAGGCCAUGACGCCCAGAGGGCCUGGCUGAAACCCCCCGUUCCUAUCUGUUCAGAUCAAAGAUGGAAACCACGACUCUGUCUCGCCGGCAGUCACUCGUGUCCCCCACAGAAGAAGCCCACCUCCCAACCUCGACGGUGGACGACAUCCGCAUCGAACCCCGAUCGGCAAGAACCUCGAGCGACCGUCCGCCGUCACUGCACGCGGCCGCAGAUGACGGCAGCAAGGUUGCAGCCACCGCCGAGCUGGCCUCGAUUAUGACCAUCGUGUCCAACCCCGUUUCCCCCGGUCCCUCCAGUCCUCCACUCAACGAAGGUGUGCGGCCCCAAGACUUUAUCCCGCCCGCCCGGCCAAGCAGCACACCUUUCCCUCAACCAGAGCCCCGAAACGCAGAGAUAAAAUGCACGAGCUGUCCGGCCGGCGCCGCACCGCACGAUGCACACAUGCAGGACAUGGACGCCUGGGACGAUCCGUCUCUGCUGUUGCAGCAGCAGCCGGCGGUCCGGGCAGGCCUUCAUUUCCAUGACCUACCGCCCGAGAUACACGAGUGCAUUCUUGAUCACCUGUUUGGGUAUCGCGUUUCGGCGACUUCAAAAAGUUCGGUGGGCAUGCACUCUGUCACCAAGAGCUGGAGCACUGCGCUUCGGCAUUCGAGGAGAAGGGAACUUUCAGAACUGGCCCUCGUUAGCAGUGUUUGGCGUGCCCUGAUUCAAGAGCGUCUGUAUCGGCAUAUCAAGAUAAAGGCUACCGUGGGGUCAGUAAAUGGCGCCCUUGUUUGGUUCGCCCAAAGACCGCAUCUGCGACCAUACGUGAGGCAUGUCGAAGUCUGGUUUCCCGUGUUCCAACCCAAGCCUGGUUCACCAGCAACCAUGGUGCUACAGGCCACUUCUACUCUGCCUACCGUUACUGUUGAUGGCCUAUCGGCUUCUUCCUAUGUUCUACCUGUCGAUAACUGCUCUCUAGACGAGACCUUUUAUUUUGUCGGCACAACGUUCCCAGAAGUUACAGUGUUGACGUUGGAGGGUGGGGAGCGGAAGAAAGCGCCUAAGGUCACCCACUUUGUGUAUGGCGACUCCACACGGCGGGCACAGGAAGCGUCAUCGCAAUACUCUCCGUUCUGGGAAUCGACCGUUUCCGAAAAUGUGGAAAGGAUCAUGCCGAAGGUCCCAUCCGUGAGGACUUUGGUAUGCAAGGGCCAGUGGAACCUGAUACGAAGCGAGGAGGACUUCCAGCACAUCAUGUCUGCCCUGCCAAAUCUACAAGAGUGGCAUGGGACGUACAAUAAGCCCAAGUCAAAGAGCUAUCUGACCAUGGCCGAGAUUCUGCCGCGCCUGCCGCCACAGCUAAAGCAGCUGCACCUGUAUCUGGAGGCCGACUACCGGCGCGAGCUUUCUUUCCCGGCUUACUUCGUCAAGGUCACAAACCGACUGCAUUUCUGUCAGCGGCUGGGUCUUGCAGCACUUGGGAAGCCUGGAAGCCCUAGUAUUGAGCACCUGUCGUACACUGGGCGCGUGUGCCGGACCUUUUUCGACGUGUUGGCGCAGUCGGCUGACCCCCGAUCAACGAGACUUAAGAGCAUCGACUUGACCGUGAAGAACUGCUGCCGACAGGUGCAGAUUUGGAAUGAGACAGGGUCGGGGAUCAUGGAUGUCAAAUUCAUCGCCGCGUUCGAGGCGUUGGUUUUGGCUGGAAUCAAGGCACUCAAGAGGCUCAGGGCACUUGAGUACUUGCGGAUCAGAUAUGUUGAUCUCGACUCUCCGAUCCCCGCCUUGAACCCUUAUUUCAUCCUCCGUCGUGAUGGCUGGUGCGAGGGUGUCUGGAGUGACAAGAUAGUUCGGGCACUGCAGGCUUCAAGGCCCGAGGCCCGCUUCCGUGACCUUUCAGACAUUCCAAGCUUCAUAGGUUUCGGCAAGGACGGCCGGGUCGUCAUCAGUGCCGAAAGCAUGGGCAAGGUUACAUCUUUCAAGCUCGACAACUACCGCUACCUCAGCGCCGGUGGCGGGUUUGUUGUGGCGGCUUGAGCUCUACAAAAUCAAGGGGUGAAGCCCACGAAGCAAUCUCUACAUUUUUUUUCUCCUUUGUUGCAGCAAGAGCAGCUCCCCUCGAAACUGGGGAGGCCAUCGUCCCCAUCCCCUCUCCGUGUGGUCUACGGAUCUGGAUUAAUCAUGUCGUCUUUUUUUUUCUUUACCUCUCCCCCUUUGUUGACUGGGUCACACAUUGCAUAUCGGAUCUCUAUCUCUCUCUUUUUUUUUUCUGUUUCUCUUUUUGCUGCUUUGAAAUGGCAUUUUGCUCGAGGAAAUCAUGGUGUUAAAUAAUAGGAGCAAUUCGAAACAAGGAGCCAUGGUGGGAUGUGUGUUAUUUUGUCGAAAAGGAUCACUGCACUACUGGUUGCUCUUUACUUUCUUUUUUCUUGGACAGUGGCGGAUAGUACUGGGAUGGGUGAAACUCAUAGAUGGCGAUAAAUAGCUGACAAUUUUCCAUUAUCUUGA